CUCUAGAUAAAAAGCCUGUUUCAAAGGUUCCUGAAGUCCUAAUGUGCAAGAUAGCUUCUUAUGAUCAAGGACUCUUCGCCUUUGUUUCUGAUGUGAAGUUAGAAACCUCCAAUCAUAUGAAGCUUUGGAUAUUCUCUGCAGGAGAAGAAGGAGAAAAACAAGAUUCCCAGAAAUCUGUUUUAUUUGUUGAAAAACCAAAAGGUGGCUCAAUUAGUGUAGGGCAAAGUAUCACAUUCACAGCCAAAGUAGAAGCUCAGGAUCUUCUUCGGAAACCCACUGUUAAGUGGUUUAAAGGAAAAUGGAUGGACUUGGCAAGCAAAGUUGGAAAGCAUCUUCAGUUAAAAGAAACAUUUGAGCGACUAACCAAGAUGUAUACAUUUGAGAUGCAAAUAAUCAAAGCUAAGGACAAUUAUGCAGGAAAUUAUAGAUGUGAAGUAACAUAUAAGGAUAAAGUUGAUAGCUGUUCUUUUGAUUUGGAAGUUCACGAAACAGAAACUACGCAAUCAAUAGAUAUCCGGUCGGCAUUCAAAAGAAGUGGUGAAGGACAAGAGGAUGCAGGAGAACUUGACUUUAGUGGUCUCCUGAAACGUAGGGAAUUUAAACAGGAACCAGAAGAGCCAGAUAUAGAUGUGUGGGAACUCUUGAAGAAUGCAAAUCCCAAUGACUAUGAGAAGAUUGCAUUUCAGUAUGGAAUUACUGACCUGAGGGGUAUGCUGAAACGUCUGAAGCGCACUCGGAGGGAAGAGAAGAAGAGUGCAGCCUUUUCUAAGAUUCUGGACCCUGCUUAUCAAGUGGACAAAGGAGGUAAAGUAAGGUUUGCGGUGGAGCUGGCUGAUCCAACAGUUGAACUGAAGUGGUAUAAAAAUGGCCAAGAAAUACGGCCAAGUGGAAAAUACAUAUUUGAACACAAAGGUAAUGAGCGAAUCCUAUUUAUCAACAACUGCCAGAUGACAGAUGAUGCCCGUUAUCAUGUCACAGCUGGAGAUGAGAAAUGUUCUACUGAAUUGUUCGUUAGAGAGCCUCCAGUAAUAGUGACAAAAAACCUGGAAGAUACCAGUGGUUAUAUUGGCGACAGAAUAGAAUUAUCAGUUGAAGUGUCUGAAGAGGAUGCAAACGUGAAAUGGUUUAAGAAUGGUGUGGAGUUGCCCCUUGAUAGUAAAUCAAGAUAUAAAGUUAAAAUCGAGGGUAAAAAGCACACUUUGAUUAUUGAAGAAGCAACGAAAGCAGACAAGGCAACUUACUCAGUCAUGACAACUGGAGGACAAUCAGCUGCCAAGCUCAGCGUUGGUUUGAGGCCACUGAAGAUAUUGCAUCCACUGGAAGAUCAGACCGUCAGGCUCGGCAAAGAGAUCUCUUUGAAGUGUGAGAUUUCUGAGAAUGUAGAAGGAAAGUGGUACAAAAAUGGCACGCUGCUCCCGCCCAGUGAUCGCAUCAAAUUAUAUCACAAAGGAAGAAUCCAUCGGUUAAUUAUUGCUAACUCACUUGUGGAGGAUGACGGUGAAUACAUGUUUGUUCCAGAUGCCUACAAUGUCAACAUCCCUUGUAAAGUUCAUAUUAUAGAUCCUCCUAAGCUUCACCUUGAUGGCCUUGGUGAUGAUAACACAGUAACAGUUGUCGCAGGAACAAAAUUACGUCUUGAGAUCCCUGUUUCUGGGGAGCCUCCACCAAAGGUUUUGUGGAGCAGGGGAGAUAAGUGGAUUAUGGAUUCUGCAUCCAGAAUACGGGCAGAGAAUUAUCCAGACAGCAGUUGUUUGGUGAUUGAUUCAGCUGAAAAAGAUGACUCGGGUUCUUACAGAAUAAUGCUGAAAAAUGAAGCUGGAGAAGACGCCGCACACAUCAAUAUAAAAGUUGUUGAUAUUCCUGAUCCCCCAGAGGCACCCAAUGUGAUUGAGAUAGGAGAAGACUGGUGUAUUAUGACCUGGGAACCUCCAGCCUAUGAUGGCGGAUCUCCUCUGUUAGGAUACUAUAUUGAAAGGAAAAAGAAGCAAAGCUCCAGAUGGAUGAGAUUAAAUUUUGAUCUUAUUAAAGAAACAACUUUUGAGCCCAAAAAGAUGAUUGAGGGAGUUGCUUAUGAGGUGCGUGUGUUCGCAGUCAAUGCCAUCGGGACUUCCAAGCCAAGCAUGCCGUCAAAACCUUUUGUGCCUCUAGCUGUCACAAGUCCUCCUACCUGUCUGGCAGUUGACUCUGUCACUGAUACUACAGUUACCAUGAAGUGGCGACCACCAGAUCAGAUUGGAGCAGCAGGUUUAGAUGGUUAUAUUAUAGAGUAUUGCUUUGAAGGAAGUUCCUCUGACUCUGGUUCAGAGCAAAAUAUUAGUGAGGACACAGCCGGGGGCCCGGGGCAGACGGAAGAGAAGACACCCAAACCCUGUGAGUGUUCAGCAUCAAGAAAUAAUAAUCAAAUAUCUCAACAGAUACAUGUCAGGUUGUUUUUUUUUCUUACACAGGGAAGGCCAAGACCAAAAGUAUCUUGGAAGAAAAAUGGUACCCACGUAGACAAGAACCAAAUUAAUAUCCGCAACAGUGAAAAUGAUUCCAUCAUCUUCAUCCGAAAAGCAGAGAGGAGCCAUUCUGGGAAAUAUGACAUGAAGGUCAAAGUAGAUAACCUCGUGGACAAAGCCACAAUAGAUAUUCAAAUAGUUGAUCGUCCAGGUCCACCACAAGUAGUAAAAAUUGCAGAUGUCUGGGGAGAAAAUGUUGCUUUGGAAUGGACACCACCAAAAGAUGAUGGCAAUGCCAACAUUAUUGGUUACACAAUUCAAAAAGCAGACAAAAAGAGUAAAGUGUACAAAAAUCCAGUUUAUGAGGACUUCAAUUUCACUGAACCACCAAUGUUCACUCAGCCUUUAGUUAAUACAUAUGCCAUAUCUGGUUAUAAUGCAACUUUGAACUGCAGUGUCCGAGGAAAUCCAAAGCCCAAGAUAACAUGGAUGAAAAAUAAAAUGGUCAUUAUGAAUGACCCACGUUACAGAAUGUUUAGUAACCAGGGUGUUUGUACACUGGAGAUUCGGAAACCCAGCCCCUAUGAUGGUGGCACAUAUACUUGCAGGGCAGUCAACAGUCUUGGUGAGGCUGAAGUUGAAUGCAAAUUGGAAGUCAGAGGUGGUCUUUCGUUCUUCCGGCUACUACUGCAAGGGGUACCUCCACAUAUUGCCCAGUCGUAUAUGAAAGAAAUGGAAGCAAGCAAGAAGAUCAAGACUACAGGUUCAUCGGGGAGGCCUAUUGUGACCCUCCAGCAGCCAGUGGACCUGGUGACAGACUCAGACAGUGAGGAGGACAGCAACAUAGACAUAUUAAUAGUGUUACCAACAAUGACUUCUUCUGAAACAUUUCAUGUAGAGCGAUCACCUAUUCACAUAAUUCCAAGCAUGUUUUAUACAAAAAUGCCAGUGGAAUUAAACUCAGUGGAAUUACUUGAUUUCAAAGUUUAA